UUACAGUCUGAGAAACAACACAUAAAGCAAUUCCAGUAACUCAUCAGUCAUAACUCAAUCCAACUGCGGAGAAUCAUCUCAUUUCACAUUUUUUGGACAUUACACUUGUACUCGCGCAUCACCGCGAAGAUCGCUUCGCUUCUCCCAAAUUUUGGAUGUCUUGGCCAUCUUUUUGAUUCAUGGAUUUGGUUAAGGAAGUUGGGGCAGUUGACACCUCUGUUGAAGAAAAAACAGUUUCUGUUGAAGGAGAUGGAAUUCUAGAACCAUAUGUGGGUAUGGAAUUUGAAUCCGAAGAUGCUGCUAGGAAAUUCUACAUUGAGUAUGCCAGAAGGGUAGGAUUUGUUGUGCGAAUUAUGCAACGGCGUCGUUCUGGGAUUGAUGGCAGAACACUUGCUCGUCGACUUGGAUGUAAUAAACAGGGGUUUUCACCUAAUCAUAAGAGCACAAUUGGACCAGAUAAGAAGACACGGUCUAGUGCACGGGAAGGUUGCAAGGCAACAAUCCUGGUGAAAAUGGAAAAGUCUGGAAAAUGGGUUGUUACAAGAUUUGAAAAAGAUCAUAAUCAUCCUCUGGUUGUUACUGCUAACGGAUUCAGUACAGCGGGUGACAAAGAUAAGAAAAUUGAAGAACUAACUAAAGAGUUGGAGCAUCAAGAGCAAUUAUGUGCAGUUUACAGGGAAAGGUUGCUUAGUUUUAUGAAUAGUGUUGAGGAGCAAACUGAAGAACUAUCUUCAAAAAUUAAAGUUAUCAUUGACAAUGUGAGGAAAGUUGAAUCUGAAGUGCAAAAGUUUCCCCAUCGUAGAUAGCACUGGCGUUUAACUUGAGCAUUUAGGUAUUAUCAUAAAUACAUUUGGUCAUGCACAGAAUGUAUUAGAUUCAAUUUCUUCUACUCAAAAUGUUUAGCAUUCAGUGCGCUGUAACAGUACUACUCAUUAGAUGCAAUAGAAAUUUCACACGGUCGGCUCUCUCUAAUUUAAAUGUCGGUGCAAAGGAAAAUUUUAUUAGAUGCACGAGGAUGGCUACAAAAAGGUAGAGAAAGCUCUUGGUUCAACUGCAAGUCUGCAACUGCAUUAGAAAGCAACUUAACGGCUGCCUAGAGGGUAAGCUGAAACAUCCAACUCUCUAGAACGCUGUCUUCUGCAAUAUAACCUAUACUGAAGAAUAAGCAUAAACUGGAUUGUUUUUCUUUCCUAUUUUUUAUUUUUCGGUUUUCUGUUCUCAAACUCCAGAUCUUACAGCCCUAUCUAUAGAUGAUUCCAGCGCCAAUGAGCUUGAUGGACCCUGAUUUUCUUCCAAAACACUUGUAACAAUACCUAGACAUUGUUUGGUUGAGGAUAAGUGCACUAAGAAAGUAGAACUUCUUGGGAAUUGCCCAAAAAAAAAGUCUUUAUUUAGUUUGUAUUAUUAAAUCAGCUUCUUGAUAAGUAGGCUAUUCAACUUCUUGUGUGCAAAGGAAGUAACUUUCCUAAGUAGAAUUUGGUAAGUUGUAUUUCCCAAUUUAAGUGCAAUGUAAUAUCAAUUAGUCUUUUGAUUUA